CGCCGGCGGGCGGCGAGCGGAGGCGGCCCGGGCCCGGCGGUCUCCGAGAUGUCACGAUGGCUGUGGCCAUGGUCGAACUGUGUGAAAGAGCGGGUCUGCCGGUACUUGCUGCACCACUACUUGGGUCACUUCUUCCAGGAGCACCUCAGCCUGGAGCAGCUCAGUCUCGAUCUGUACAAGGGCAGCGUUGCCCUGCGCGACAUCCACCUGGAGAUAUGGUCUGUGAACGAGUUGCUGGAGGCCAUGGAGUCACCACUGGAGCUGGUAGAAGGCUUUGUGGGGUCCAUCGAGGUGGCCGUGCCCUGGGCCGCUCUGCUCACCGACCACUGCACCGUGAUGGUGUCCGGCCUCCAACUCACCCUGCAGCCCCGCCGAGGCCCAGGGCCCGGGACUGCUGACUCGCAGACCUGGGCAUCAUGCAUGACCACCAGCCUGCAGCUGGCGCAGGAAUGCCUGCGAGAUGGGCUGCCAGAACCCUCUGAGCCACCGCAGCCCCUGGAGGGCCUGGAGAUGUUCGCUCAGACCAUCGAGACUGUGCUGCGAAGAAUCAAGGUGACCUUCCUGGAUACUGUCGUGAGGGUGGAACACUCGCCGGGGGAUGGAGAGCGAGGUGUGGCCAUGGAAGUCCACGUGCAGAGAUUGGAGUACUGUGACGAGGCAGUGCGGGACCCAAGCCAGGCGCCCCCAGUGGAUGUGCACCAGCCCCCCGCCUUCCUGCACAAGCUGCUACAGCUGGCGGGCGUCCGCCUGCACUUCGAGGAGCUCUCCCCACAGGAUGCCCAGAAAGAACACCCAGAGCCCCCCUUGCAGAUUGGCAGCUGUUCGGGGUAUAUGGAACUGACCGUAAAACUGAAACAAAACGAGGCCUUCCCAGGCCCUAAGCUGGAGGUGGCUGGGCAGCUGGGCUCCCUGCACCUGCUCCUGACCCCGCGGCAACUCCAGCAGCUUCAGGAACUGCUCAGUGCCAUGAGCCUUGCAGAUCCCGAGGGCCUGGCCGACAAGCUGAACAAGAGCCGCCCACUAGGUGCUGAAGACCUGUGGCUGAUAGAGCAGGACCUGAACCAGCAGCUGCAGGCGGGGGCCGUGGCCGAGCCCCUCAGCCCAGACCCCCUUCUCAACCCCUCUGUCAACCUGGACAGCACUGACCUCUUCUUCUCCAUGGCGGGCCUCACGAGCAGCGUGACUUCAGCUGUCUCCGAGCUCUCCCUGUGCGACGUGGACCUGGGGUCCUCCCUGCACAGCGACACGGCCACCCGCCGGCUCUCUGCCCAGGGCCACCCCAUUGGCAAGACGGCCCCCACGCCCCUCCCGGACACCCUGCGCCCUGAUUCGCUGCUGAAGAUGACCUUGGGGGGCGUGACACUGACCUUGAUUCAGACAUCUGCCCCGUCUUCUGGACCACCCGACCUCACCACUCACUUUUUUGCUGAGUUUGAUGCCACCAAGGAUGGGCCCUUCGGCUCCCGUGACUUCUGCCAUCUCCGACCGCGCUUCCAGAGGGCCUGUCCCUGUAGCCACGUCCGGCUCACGGGUGCAGCUGUGCAGCUGUCGUGGGAGCUGCGGACAGGCCGGGGCCGGCGCACCACCAGCACAGACGUGCACUGUGGGCAGCUGGAGGUGCUGGAAUGUCUGUGGCCCCGGGGCGCUUCGGAGCCUGAGUACACGGAGAUCCUGAACUUCCCCAGUGGCAUGGGCUCCCAGGCCUCAGCUCGGCCCUGCGCCCACCUGCGCCACACACAGACACUGCGCCGUGUGCCCAAGAGCCGGCCCCGGCGCACAGCUACCUGCCAUUGCCACUCAGAGCUGGCCCUGGACCUGGCCGACUUCCAGGCGGACGUGGAGCUGGGGGCCCUGGACCGGCUCGCCGCCCUGCUGCGCCAGGCCACCAUCCCCCCUCCCGAGCCGCCUGCUGGCCUGAUGACAGAGCCCCCACCAGCUGCUGAGCAGCAGACAGUGGUGCGGCUCUCGGCACCCAGGGCCACACUGCGGCUGCACUUCCCCAUUGCUGACCUACGACCUGAGCGGGACCCCUGGGGGGGCCGGGCUGUACGGGCUGAGCAGCUGCGGCUGGAGCUGAGUGAGCCCCAGUUCCGGUCUGAGCUGAGCAGCGGGCCUGGUCCCCCGACCCCCACCCGCCUGGAACUUACCUGCUCCGACCUACAUGGUACCUAUGAGGAUGGAGAGAAGCCUCCUGUGCCCUGCCUGCGUGUCUCCAAAGCCCUGGAUCCCAGGAGCCCCGGGCGGAAAUACUUCCUGCCUCAGGUAGUGGUGACCCUGAACCCCCAGCUCAGCAGCGCACAGUGGGAGGUGAGCUCCGAGAAGAGGGAGGAGCUGGAGCUGUCAGCCGAGAGUCCGUGCGAACUACGGGAGCCUGAGCCCUCACCCUUCUCCUCCAAGAGGACCAUGUACGAGACUGAGGAGAUGGUGAUUCCUGGGGACCCUGAGGAGAUGAGGAGCUUCCAGAGCCGGGCCCUGGCGCUGUCCCGCUGCAGCCUGGAGGUGGUCCUGCCCAGCGCCCACAUCUUCCUGCCCAGCAAGGAGGUCUACGAAAGCAUCUACAACAGGAUCAACAACGAUCUGCUCAUGUGGGAGCCCGCGGACCUGCUCCCCCCCGCCGCCCCCGCCCCCGGCCCCCCUGGCUUCCAGGGCCCCUCGGGCUUCUGGCAUGACCACUUCAAGAUGUGCAAGUCAGCCUUCAAGCUGGACUCGGACUCCGACGAAGAGGAUGCCCAUUUCUUCUCAGUGGGGGCCUCAGGCGCCCCCCAGCCCCCUUCCCCGGAGUCCCCCAGCCCUCACUGCCAGAGCACCUUCUCUACACUGGUAACAGUGGUGAAGGGUCGCAUCACCGCCCUCUGUGAGACCAAGGAUGAGGCUCAGAAGCCGCUGGAGGCCGAGCACGGGGAGCUGGUGCUGGACGUGGAGCAGGGCACCGUCUUCAGCGUCUCCCAGUACCGUGGCCAGCCGGGACUCGGCUACUUCUGCCUAGAAGCAGAGAAGGCGACACUUUACCACCGAGCGGCCGUGGAUGACUACCUGCUGCCCAGCCGCCUGGAGCUGCCCAGCUUCGCUCCUCCAGCCCGGCUAGCCCCGACCAUCUACCCGUCAGAGGAAGGGGUGAUUGAGCGGGGAGCCUCGGGCCGCAAGGGCCAGGGUCGGGCCUCCAACAUGCUGUCCACCGCUGUGCGCAUCCACCUGGACCCCCAUAAGAAUGUCAAGGAGUUCCUGGUGACACUGCGGCUGCACAGAGCCACCCUGCGCCACUGCAUGGCCCUGCCGGGGCAGAGCUGGCACGCCCAGCUCUUGGAGUUUUUAGAUGUGCUGGAUGACCCUGUGCUGGGCUACCUGCCCCCCACGGUCAUCACCGUCCUCCACACGCACCUGUUUUCCUGCGCCGUGGACUACAGGCCACUCUACCUCCCCGUGCGUGUCCUCAUCACUGCCGAGACCUUCACCCUCUCCAGCAACAUCAUCAUGGACACCUCCACCUUCCUGCUCAGGUUCAUCCUAGACGACUCGGCCUUGUACCUGUCGGACAAGUGUGAGGCGGAGACACUGGAUCUGCGGCGAGAUUACGUCUGCGUCCUGGAUGUUGACCUCCUGGAGCUGGUGAUCAAAACCUGGAAGGGGAGCACUGAGGGCAAACUGAGCCAGCCACUGUUCGAGCUGCGCUGCUCCAACAACGUGGUGCACGUGCACAGCUGUGCCGACUCCUGCGCCCUGCUGGUCAACUUGCUGCAGUACGUACUGAGUGCGGGCGACCUGCACCCCCCACCCCGGCCCCCCAGCCCCACGGAGAUCGCUGGCCAGAAGGUACAGCUCUCCGAGAGCCCUGCCUCCCUGCCCUCCUGCCCGCCCGUGGAGACGGCCCUCAUCAACCAGCGGGACCUGGCCGAUGCCCUCCUGGACACAGAGCGGAGCCUGCGGGAGCUGGCCCAGCCCUCAGGUGGCUCCCUCCCUCAGGCCUCGCCCGUGUCCGUCUACCUGUUCCCAGAUGAACGGAGUGGGGCCCAGCCUCCCUCAUCCUCCGAUGGGGCCCCCACUGGCAACUUGGGGUCCUGCUUAGAGACCAAGGAAGAUGAAAAGGAAGAGGAGGGGGACGGAGACACCCUAGACAGUGACGAGUUCUGCAUCUUGGAUGCGCCUGGCCUGGGCAUCCCACCCCGGGACGGGGAGCCUGUGGUGACGCAGCUGCACCCUGGCCCCAUCAUCGUGCAGGACGGGCACUUCUCCAGGCCGCUGGGCAGCACGGACCUGCUGCGGGCGCCCACCCACUUCCCAGUGCCCAGCACUCGGGUGGUGCUGCGGGAGGUUUCCCUGGUCUGGCACCUCUAUGGGGGCCGGGACUUUGGCCCCCACCCCGGGCACAGGGCCAGAGUGGGCCUCACGGGCCACAAGGGCUCUCCUUCCCGCUCCUCCGGAGCCAACCGGCCCCAGAACUCCUGGCGAACGCAAGGGGGCAGCGGGCGGCAGCACCAUGUCCUCAUGGAGAUCCAGCUGAGCAAGGUCAGCUUCCAGCACGAGGUGUACCCCGCAGAGCCGGCCACAGGCGCCUCGGCCCCCGGCCAGGAGCUGGAGGAGCGGCCGCUGUCCCGCCAGGUGUUCAUCGUGCAGGAGCUCGAGGUGCGGGACCGGCUGGCCUCCUCCCAAAUCAACAAGUUCCUGUACCUGCACACAAGCGAGCGCAUGCCGCGGCGCGCCCACUCCAAUAUGCUCACCAUCAAAGCUCUGCACGUGGCCCCCACCACCAACCUGGGCGGCCCCGAGUGCUGCCUCCGCGUCUCGCUCAUGCCCCUGCGGCUCAACGUGGACCAGGACGCCCUGCUCUUCCUCAGGGACUUCUUCUCCAGCCUGGCGGCCGGCAUCAACCCCAUAGUCCCCGUGGAAACCAUGGAGGCUCGGCCUGAGACCCAGGUCCAGCCUGGCAGCUCCCAAGAAGGGGAGCCCGAGGGUGCAGAGAUGACCGGCUCCCAGGAGGCCGCGGGUGGAGGACACAGCUCCUCCACGGAGCAGCAGCCCAUCUACUUUAGGGAGUUCCGCUUCACGUCCGAGGUGCCCAUCUGGCUGGACUACCACGGCAAGCACGUCACCAUGGACCAGGUGGGCACAUUCGCGGGCCUCCUCAUUGGCCUGGCCCAGCUCAACUGCUCCGAGCUGAAGCUGAAGCGGCUGUGCUGCCGGCAUGGGCUCCUGGGGGUGGACAAGGUGUUGGGCUAUGCCCUCAACGAGUGGCUGCAGGACAUCCGCAAGAACCAGCUGCCCGGGCUGCUGGGGGGCGUGGGCCCCAUGCACUCUGUGGUCCAGCUCUUCCAAGGGUUCCGGGACCUGCUGUGGCUGCCCAUUGAGCAGUAUCGGAAGGACGGGCGCCUCAUGCGGGGGCUGCAGCGGGGAGCCGCCUCCUUUGGCUCGUCCACUGCCUCCGCCGCCCUGGAGCUCAGCAACCGGCUGGUGCAGGCCAUCCAGGCCACGGCCGAGACCGUCUACGACAUCCUGUCCCCGGCGGCACCCGUCUCCCGCUCCCUGCAGGACAGGCGCACGGGGCAGAAGCUGCGGAAGGGCCAGCAGCCCGCCGACCUCCGGGAGGGCGUGGCCAAGGCCUACGACACGGUUCGAGAGGGCAUCCUGGACACGGCUCAGACCAUCUGCGAUGUGGCGUCUCGGGGCCACGAGCAGAAGGGACUGACGGGCGCUGUGGGAGGCGUGAUCCGCCAGCUGCCCCCGACGGUGGUGAAGCCCCUCAUCCUCGCCACGGAGGCCACGUCCAGCCUGCUCGGCGGGAUGCGAAACCAGAUCCUGCCCGACGCACACAAGGAGCACGCUCUCAAGUGGCGUUCGGACGAGACACAGGACUGAGCAUAGGUGCCCAGGACCCGAGGGGGCCGCCUGCCUGCCGGCCACCCCCAAGCCUCAGUGGCUCCCACGCGCCUCCGAGAACUGCUGCCCAUAGCUGGGGGCCGAGCCCUCGGAAGACCCUGCCUGGUCAGCCCGUUGCCAAUUGGCCGUGGAACUGGGGCCUCCCUGCCUCAGUGCCGACUCUGCACUUUUCCUCUGGGGGAGAAAGGACACUGUCCCCCUGCAUCCCCGGGCCCGUACUGCUGCCUUGUCCCAGGACAGGGGCUCUCGGACCCUCGGGCCACAACCCCACUCAGCCAAGUGUCUUUCUGUGUCUCGGGGAGGGGUGGGGACAGGCACUGUGUGGCUCAAUGUAUUAUUUUUAAGCUCCUUGCGCGUGUGGAUCAGUGUCUGCAUGACGUGGAAUAAACUGCCCAC